AGACGGUACAUUUCUGCUUCCCGCAGAGUGGAGAUUUUCCGCGGAAUCACAGGGGUUUUACCAAAAACCCUAAACCCCAACAAUGGCGCAGUCCACUCGCUCCUCUGCUACACGGCUGCUCUACACAAUCUGCUCCUCCUCAAAAGCAGCUCUGUUGAAGCCUCAAUGCCCGGCCCCAACUCCUAUUGCGGCUCUUCUUGCCGGGAACUUCCAGCUCCGCCACUUCUCUGCUGGCAGUGCUGCCGCCACCCGACUGAAGGAGGAGAAGGAGGCUGUGUGGAGAGAGUCACUGGAGAGGGUUCGGAACAUUGGUAUUUCGGCACAUAUUGACUCCGGGAAGACCACGUUGACGGAGCGGAUACUUUAUUACACGGGUCGGAUCCACGAGAUUCAUGAGGUCAGAGGCAAAGAUGGAGUUGGAGCUAAGAUGGAUUCAAUGGAUUUGGAGAGGGAAAAAGGGAUUACGAUUCAGUCUGCGGCCACUUACUGUUCUUGGAAAGACUACCAGGUGAACAUAAUUGACACUCCAGGUCACGUUGAUUUCACCAUUGAAGUUGAGAGGGCGUUGCGUGUUCUUGAUGGUGCAGUUCUUGUACUCUGUAGUGUUGGUGGUGUGCAGAGUCAGUCAAUCACUGUUGAUCGGCAAAUGAGAAGAUAUGAAGUUCCAAGACUUGCUUUUAUCAAUAAACUUGAUCGAAUGGGGGCAGACCCAUGGAAAGUUCUAAAUCAGGCAAGGUCCAAGCUUCGGCACCAUGCUGCUGCAGUGCAAGUUCCAAUUGGGCUAGAAGAUGACUUCAAGGGUCUUAUUGACCUUGUGCAUAUGAAAGCUUACCACUUCCAUGGUUCCAGUGGGUCUGUCUCAAUUCUCAGCCUAUUGACUAUGCUUUUCUCAAUAAGAGAAAUGUUCCUUUUUGCAUUAUUAUUCUUCUUCACUUGUAUUUGUUACCUUUUCAGUGAGAAAGUUGUCACAGAAGAUAUUCCUGCAGAUAUGGAAGCAUUUGUUGCAGACAAGAGGCGUGAGCUUAUUGAAGCAGUGUCUGAGGUUGAUGAAAAACUUGCUGAAUCAUUUUUGAGUGAUGAACCUAUAUCAAAUGAUGAUCUAGAGGAGGCAAUACGAAGAGCAACGGUAGCACGUGAAUUUGUGCCCGUAUUUAUGGGUAGUGCAUUCAAGAACAAGGGCGUUCAACCUCUUCUUGAUGGUGUUCUUAAUUAUCUCCCUUGUCCAAUUGAAGUCAAUAACUAUGCUCUUGAUCAAAACAAUAGUGAAGAGAAGGUUAUGUUAACAGGAAGUCCAACAGGCCCUUUGGUUGCCUUGGCUUUCAAAUUGGAAGAAGGUCGGUUUGGUCAGUUAACAUAUUUAAGAAUUUACGAAGGUGUCAUUAGAAAGGGUGAUUUCAUGAUCAAUGUGAAUACAGGCAAGAAGAUCAAGGUUCCUCGCUUGGUACGGUUGCAUUCAAAUGAGAUGGAGGACAUUCAAGAGGCACAUGCCGGACAAAUAGUUGCUGUAUUUGGUGUAGAUUGUGCUACAGGGGAUACUUUUACAGACGGAUCAGUUAGGUACACUAUGACUUCGAUGAAUGUACCUGAACCAGUGAUGUCAUUAGCAGUUUCACCUGUUUCUAAAGAUUCUGGGGGACAAUUCUCAAAAGCUUUGAAUCGCUUCCAGAGAGAGGACCCAACAUUCCGAGUAGGUUUAGAUCCUGAGAGUGGCCAGACAAUUAUCUCUGGAAUGGGUGAGCUGCAUUUGGAUAUAUAUGUUGAGCGAAUCCGAAGAGAAUACAAGGUUGAAGCAACAGUAGGAAAGCCUCGAGUGAACUUCAGAGAGACUAUCACUCAACGUGCUGACUUCGAUUAUUUACACAAGAAACAAAGUGGUGGACAGGGUCAAUAUGGUAGGGUAACUGGGUAUGUGGAGUCGCUUGAACCUGGGUCCUCAACAAAAUUUGAAUUCGAUAACAUCAUUGUAGGACAGGCUAUACCAUCAAACUUUAUCCCAGCAAUUGAGAAGGGCUUUAAGGAGGCUGCUAACUCGGGUUCACUGAUUGGCCACCCAGUUGAGAAUAUUCGUGUUGUUUUGACGGAUGGUGCUUCACAUGCUGUUGAUUCAAGUGAACUUGCAUUCAAACUAGCAGCAAUCUAUGCCUUUAGACAGUGUUAUUCAGCAGCCCGGCCUAUCAUAUUGGAACCUGUGAUGCUUGUUGAAAUCAAAGUACCAACAGAAUUUCAGGGCACGGUUACUGGGGAUAUUAACAAGAGGAAAGGUGUCAUUGUUGGGAAUGACCAGGAAGGAGACGACUCUGUCAUCACUGCUCAUGUUCCUCUCAAUAAUAUGUUCGGGUACUCAACUUCUCUUCGGUCAAUGACACAGGGUAAAGGAGAAUUCACAAUGGAGUACAAAGAACAUUCAGCAGUUUCCCACGAUGUGCAAACACAACUGGUUAACGCAUACAAGGCCACCAAAGGAACCGAAUAGAUAGAGUGGUUUUCAAGUGCCUACCUUUCAUUCUUUGCCAGAACCAUAUAUUGCUCUAGGUGGAUUUAUAACAAUUUAGAGUUUGGGACCGAAAUAUGGUCUAUGAAUUUUGAUAACAUGUCCAAAAUAUAUCCUUCUUUUUAUUUAUAUUAUAAUGAUCAUGAAUCAAACUUUUAAAGAUUCAUGUAUACAGCAGAUGUAUGCAGCUACUGUACUAUAAACAGGGUGAUUCAUAUAACAAGAUAAUUCAAAAUAAAAACAACUUUGCUAAUU